AGUCACCAUUUAGACAUUACCCGCGCGUGUACACUCGCCACACACACACUCGCACAGAUACAAGUCCGCCGACGGUCUGAGUCUCCUAUGAACGCACUUUUUUUCGCCACAUAAACACACAUGAAAUCGCAUUUAUCAUAAUUCAUAGAGUAUAAUAAUAAUAUAUUAUAUACACGCCAUCGGAUCCGAACCGAUUUUUCUUCUGAAGAAGGACGACCACGAACCGCUGCUGCAGGGCUCAAGUGCGGCCACCAGCCGCCAAAUUCAAAGAUUUUCGUGCAUAUAUCCACUGCCAGUUGGCUUGUUGAAAUGACUUCUUGCAGGCGAAGACUGCAACACUGAAAAGCAUCCGAAACACACUUAUAUAGACCCAAUCAACACCUAGUGGUAUAUAUUAUCAUACACCUCGUUUCACUGUUGACAAGAGUUGAUAAACAAAAAAUAAAAAUAUAGACACGUGAAAUUCAGUUGUCCGUGCCCGUCAAAAUGAUAUUUGCCGAGAUGAAAACGUUUUCGCUGUGCUUUGUAUUACUACUGGUGAAAAUUUCAGCGUUUGGAUUAGUCAAAGCUGAUUCACCACCAGGCCCCGUAUAUGUCAAUCCAGAUUUAGUUUAUGAAAAACCCGAACUUAUCGCUUCGCAGGUAGUUUCAUCAGAUUCUCAAAUCACACAAACGGUAUAUGGAUUUUUGGACUUUACUACAACGAUUGGUAACACUGUAAUGGUUUUUAUGCCACAAAGUGCAUCUAUUUCACUAGAUACUACAGUUGAAACACCAUCAACCACAGAAGCUACAAUCACUACUACUAUUGAAGAAAAGCCUAUUACAAAAGAACAGCUGGAAACAGCUGAGUCUAUUGGGAUUAUUCCUAGUAAACCAGUAAAUUUACCAAUCGAUUCAAAAAAUGAAGAAAUAGUUGUGACUUCGAAUGAACCAAUAAUGACCACAAAGGAAACAACUACUACCGAACUAAUUACCACAACUACAAAAGAGCCACCAACAACAAAAAACACAGUAAAAAAAUCUGAACAAGAAAAAAAAUCAACAGGAGUUCCAGUAACAACAAAAAAAACGAUUGCAAAAUCAACUACACCAUCACCUCAAAAACCAAAACCAGCUGGAAUUGCAAAUAAAGAACCAGCGGUAAGCUCAAAGGUUGUAGUUUUGGCAGGUUCUAAAGUCAUAGAAAAUAUUGUAACUAAAGUAGAAGUAAUUGAAGGAAGUACACCAGAGCCAUCUAAAGUAGUGGAAAAGGCAAUUUACAGUAAAGUAGAAGUGAUUUCUGGUGAACCAGUCGAAGAGGUGGCUGUAAAUCAUUUACAACCGACUCCAGAAUAUGAUUUCCUUUCCCGUCAACCUUCAGAAGUUGUGGACGAAACAUUUAAAGUAAUUGAUUUAAAACCUAGCGUAUCUAGACACGUUCUCGUUCAAAAAAGUCGAGGUCCCGAUGGAAAACUCCGUGCGUUUAACUCAGUAGCAAACUUUAAUGCAGAAGAAGAGCCUGCAACUAACAAGGCACCGAAAAAAGUAGCUGUAAAAAUAUCACCAUCUGCAUCUGGUGCCCGAAUCUUGAAAACAGCUGCACCAAAGCCUUCUACUAGAUCACCAAACGUUGAACCUACUCCAGCCAGCUCUGGGUUAGAUGACGAAUCUCUAGAACCACUAGUAGGCUCACAACCAGGUUCAAACUUAGUUCGACAAUCUAGGAGGCCAGCUAUUGGAGGUGGAGGUUUUAAUAAAAACAAAUACACACCUACACCAAAAAGUAAAUCAAAAGAAUUUGAAGAUUAUUCGACUACUGAUGAGGAACAAAAUGAAUUUACAUCAGCUCAAAAUGAACCUACUACUCCGAGUUACAGGAAAGGAUCUAAAUUCACUUCAAAAAUUACUACUACAACACAGAGAGUUCCCAGCUUUAAACAAAACCGGUUUAACAGACCAACCACCUCUGAGCCAGAACUAGAAUCGACUGAAGCAUCCGGUACUCAAAGAAGGUUCCAGCCUAGUGCUAAGCGUUACGAAAAUAAUAAUAGUGCAGCGGUAGUCACACCAGCUAACCGCCGAGCUUUCAAAAAACAUUUCCAACAACAAGAACAAUCUCCCCAAUCUAGCCCACAACCCAUUCCGACAGCUCCAUUGACAUUUAAAUCAAAACUUAUACGCCCAACUGGACGCUGGGAAUAUAAAACUUCGCCCAAGCCUCGUGUUACCAUUCGCCGUAUUGAUGAAAACCGUCAUGGACAGGAAAAUGCUACAACACCAUUAACACCACAUUUCCCUGAUGUACAAAUUGACAACGGAGAUCAAGCGUUGGCCGGUUCAGGUUUAUUACCAGCUUUACAACACGAUGAUGAUAACGACGUUUUAGUUCAAGACGUGAGCCCCACUGCAAAUGCUGAGACCAUCCGAGUGGAAAUCUCUACUCCAGCUGAAUUCAAAGACAUAUAUUACGAAAUUGCCACAAUCAAAUCGCCGUACUCAUUCCAAGUGGGUUCCGUAAAAAACACCAGGUUCAUAACGGUAACGUCGACGAUCCAAAAGAGCUUGGUAGAACAGACUGACAGUCCGGUACCAGCCAGAGUAGAACCACUGUCUGAGAACAUAUUGGCCAGCCAGGCGCCAAACCUCUACGGCCGCGAGCAGCCAAUCGAUUCGAGCCUAGCUACGCUGCCCCCGAUCUCCUUAUCCCCUGACCAAGCCACACCACCCUUAGAAACGAUGACUGAAAGCUUUAGCACCACCGAACUGAUGCUCAAGACGCAUAUUCUGCCAGUCGUUCGGGGUACGGAUACCAGCAGCGUGACGCUGGUCCAGUCGUACAAAGUGACCAGGUUGGUUACCGCAGUCAAGACUCUGCCACCGAUGGAAGUGUAUCAGUUCGUGCCCAGCAAAACGCUUAACGAGUUCAAUACACGACUUGACGAGGCCGGAUCAGAACUACACCUAGAACUCGAGUAUGGCGACAGUGGAAACCACGACGACGAUUCGUCACAUCCAAGUGCAGCUAAGGCAUUCUUGGACAGUCUAGACCUGUCAAACGUGGGUUCGGCAUUCGACCUGUCGCAGAUGGACAAAGUAAAUGGACCGCGGUCGAAGAAGGCACACCGGAUGGCUUCGGCGUCGGGAAACUCGUCGUCGGUCGAACACCCGUCACAUCAGUACCAACAGCAACUACAAGCGCCCACUAUGAGCCCCGAACAGCUCCAGCAAUUGGCCCUGUACAGGCUGUUGAACCCGAACGCGCCCAUACCAGCGCCAGUCAUCACCACCUCCCGACCGGUUUUGCGGUACGAGACUGUUUUCGAAACGCAUGCCUUACCCGUGGUCAACGGUGGUACAACGUACUACACCACUCUGUCACGACCCGUAGGCACAGUUACUAGAACCGAUUAUGAGCUGGUCACAACCACGUUGGCUAUACCUCAACCGCAGUCGCUACCGUUCCCACAACAACCCCCGCAACUCCAACCCACGCCACUGUUCCAGUUCCCACAAACACCCCUGUUCCCACAGCAACAGCCCCAGCAGCAGCAGUCUCUGUUCCCGGUGCAACCGACGCUGUUCCCGGCUCAACCAUCGUUUGCGGUCACGUCUACACCCGUCGUCACCCAGUCAAUGGUCACGCAAACCGACAGCAAGGUACUGAAGCUCACGUUCGGCGCCAAAACCGCGUAUACCACCAUUUAUUCCAGCUCGGUGGUGCCUACCCAGGUCACGUCGUACGUCACGCAGUCUGUGGCAGUUCAGCCGACCGUCGCACAGUUCCCCAACUUCAUACCGUACGGCGGCUACCCGUUCCUGGGUUAGACCAUCUACACCGGUGCUCGCCGCCGUCCGCGUGCCAUUGUAUAUUAUUAUCCGGAAAACAGCGACCGGAAAUCCGGAUGACCCAUCAUCGUUACUUGUAUAUAACUACUUUAUUAUUAUUUUUUUUUCAUUUCCAACAAUCGCUCAACUCUUGUGAAACCAUCCGAUGAGAGCAAAUAAUUAUUAUUAUCGGAGGUGCUCGAUUGCGGCCCGAAAAUAUCAAUAUCCCAAUUGCAUCCUAAUAUUCCAAACACACAUUGGUUCAUAAAAUAAUGUAUUAAUAUAUAACUAUCAGGCAUAAUACAAAUAUAAUGUUAUUAAGUAAUUUUACACAUCAUUACAUAAAUAUAAUAUAAUUAUAAAUGUCAGUAAGCCUUAAGGAAUGAUCAUACUUUAAACUCAUAAUAGUAUAAUUUUUGAAAGUUUUCAAUUAAAUGUUCGAUAAAAAAAAUAUUAUUAUUUGAAGGUUAGACAUAUUUCACAUUUUUUUUUUUUUAAUUGAGAUAUACUCAGUAAAAUAUAAAAUAAUGAAUUGAAUUCCUUUUGUUAAAAUUUUGCACCGAAUAUUGUUAAUUCAUGUGAAGCGCUGUUUUAUAUUUUAUAUUAUCAUAAUUCAUAAUACCUAAAAACAUAAUCACGAUAUUUAUUUAGUUUUAAUUAAUAAUCACUGAAAACAGAAUUUUAUAACUAAAAUCUAUGGGCUCGCAAUUAAGAUUUGAAAAAGUAAAAAGUUACUUUGGGCCGCAAUCAGGGACACCCAUUAUUAUUAUUAUUAUUAUUUUUUUUUAUUAUUAUUAUUAUUAUGCGUAUCGCGUUGUAAAUAAUAUUAUUAUAUACUUUUAGCUCUUAUAAAUUGUAUGAUUAUUGUAACUGUAAGGAGACGCAACCGAUUCUUAAUACACACACUGUAGUAUGUUUAUGAGGUGUUUAGUUUCGUCUGUCGUUUUGUUACAAUUGUUUUUUUUCUUUUAUCUUUUACCUCUUUUACUUAUCGUGAGGAUGUUCAUUUCCAUACCAUUUGCGCGACGGACACUAAAGUGAUAAAGACUUGAGGAACACUCUUGACUUGUUGUACGUCGUCGACCAUUUCCCGAAUUUCUUAUACCGUCGUUUACUUAUUAAAUUAUCACGGUUCAAGUCAUUUCGAUGUUCAUUCUAGUUAUUUUUCGCGCAUUUCAUAUAAUUCCUUACAUAUUAUUAUACAUUACUAUUUAUUUAUAUAUAAAAAUAAACAACUACAACUUUUUUUAUUACAGCACGUCAUAAACGAUUUUCUAUUGUAACACACUGUCUUUCGUGCAUUAUCUAUACGCUUACUUGUUCAUUUAUCAUCCGACCGGAAUCAAACUUUGAUAGUCAGCCAAAAGUUUACGGUGUAUCUUUUCUCCUCUGUUUCAUUCACUUUGCUCCUGGCCCUUGCCGUUUUUUCGGUGUUAAAUAACAAAUCUGGAUGCCGGUCAUGAUUAAUUGCUUUUUCCCAAUAGGAAAAAAUUCCCAAAAAUAGAGGAUGGUGCCAAAUACGAAGAGGUCAAAAAACAAUUUUGAGUAGCAUUAGACUAUUAUUAUUAUAGCGCUUAGUGAAUUCUGUUUAAAUCAUAAAUAAUAUUUAAGUGUAAUUAUGUUUUAUAAUAUAUAUAUCGUAUUAAUAUGUUUAUUUUUAUACUAUGUAACUAUUUUUUUUUUUUUGUAAGA